UAUUAAAUUAAAAAAAAAAAACGGUGUGAACGCGCGAGUCGAUAAUAAUAAUAAUUAAUGCUGGUGUAAUGGUGGUGUUGCCGAAUGCUGUUUCGACGGGAAGACGGGAUCGUGCGAGACGGCCGCCGCCGAUAACGCGUUCGAACAAUUCCGAAACGCACGAAAAUCGUUGAAUCAGCAGCUGCACGCAACCGACGGAAACAUUCGUGUUUUUCCGCUCGCACCCGGGGUGUCUCGCGGCCAUCGGUCUACCGGUUUCGCGUCGCGUCACCCGGACAUUUUCGGCAGGACAAAAUAGAAAAUCGUCGUCGGGCAGGCUUACGUUGUACAGCGGCCAGAGACGGUGAACUGCAGACGGAGAACGAGAGGCAAACAGAGGUGGAAAAUCGAUGAAUUCCCAUGCAACUCAUGCGCCACACACGUUACUCAUUGCGGAUUCUGUACUAAUAUCAUGAUGAUAAUGCGGUUGUGGUUAGCGGUGUUAAUAGCCGAGCUAUUGACCGUGGUUGCAACUAAAUCACCGAUCGAUGAUUUAUUACCGCACAGCAGAACCAUACCAAAUACAACGUUGAAUUUAGAUCUCAUUCCUCAGGACAUACCAUCCGAAAGAUUGGUUACCAAAUUCAAAACAGUGUUUCAUUUUUUGAUACAUCAAGACACCGACCAAAAUCUGUGCGUGACCGUCUCGCCGAACAAGACUAGGAUUAAUUGGAAGUUGAAAUUCAUACCCAACAAAUACAAGCAAAAGAUAAUACUGGGCAAUAACAAAUCCAGCAACUUGGGAGUAGAACUGGUGGAAUACACGGGCGUAUCCACACCCGUGACGUACGACCACCAAGCGACCAGAGGCCUUUACGAGAUAACUGCUCAAACCAUAGACGUCGAAUCGAAUAUAACGUUUUACGUAACGCUUCGACCGAAUUCAUUGAUUAGAAAAUUUGAUAUCCCACCGAACAAAUUAACGGUUAAGAGUAACGGUCAGAGAGUCAGUCUAAAAUGGAAUCCCAGCCAUAUCGAUCAGCACUUUACGCAAUACAGUCUUGUGAUCAGCACUUCAAAUAUAUACUCGACUUUUCUUGAAGCCAAACAUCAACUCGAAGAAAAACUGAAACGAAAUGUUACACACAAAAGUGACAAAACAGACUACAGAUUGGAGAUACAUCAUUUGGGAUUUCACACCAACUACACAUUGACGGAUUUAAUUUACGACCGAACGUAUUACUUCACCGUGUUCGCUCUCAACGAGAUGCGCGUAUACACCCAAUACGCCAGCACCACGUUCAAAUAUCAAAAGCCCAAACCGUUUGCUCUGAAAGACGCAAAGCCCAGGAUCGAAAACUUGAGGGCGCACAGUGGAAAAGCAUCCUUCAGGUACAAGGUCGGCAACCGAUCGAGAGAACCCGGCGCCGAGCCCAACAAACUGUUCUGGUACGUGAUGACGUGCGACGGAGUGGUGAACGUAGAGAUCCGGUGCAGGAAAACAUUACUGGUGAAAAAAAGGGUUUUCGGUUACGAGAAAAUAGUCUUGGACAACACCAAAUACGGAGAGAGGUACGUCCUGAAGGUGGAAACCGUGUCGUUGGACGAGACUCAACGCGUAAAAUCGAUCGAGGUAAUGGCCACCGUACGGCCCCGGAUGUUUCCGAUGCCAGACAUGCCGAGCGAUUUGAGGAUCCAACAAUACGUGAAACCGGACGAUUGCCAUUCGGUGACAAUCGGUUGGUUACCCGCAAAGUCCAACGAGGACUUACAGUAUUGCGUAUACCUGCAGAACGAUAUACCUAAUAACAGCGUCGACUUCUCAGCGAAACAGGACCAAUGCGGCUUGUCGUACGGAAGGAACUGGCGAGGCAAUUACCAAAGAUACCGUUGCUGGUAUACCGGCGAAAAAGAGUGCGUAUAUAUGCUGGCGUCGGUGGAAAAGGUGUUGAAGCUAAAGUCGUCGACAACGUACGUCAUCCGAGUGACGGUCACCAAGCCGAGAGGCAGGACAUUGUCAUACGAUCUGCUCAAGUUGGACACGAACUCUUGCGGAUUGAACUAACCGACAACCGCAUGCUGAAGUCAAGAAUAAAAGCCAUUCGUUCAUCCUUCGAUCGCUUACGGUGGCGUCUGGCCAAUGCGUCGUCUUCUUCGUCCUGUAAUCCUUCAUAGUAUUAUAACACGUAUAUGAUUAAUACUGUUUGUCGUAAAUAUUUUAUAUAGAUUUUUUAUUACUGUUGAUAUUAAUUUUUACUGUUUAUGUUUUCAUUCGAAAACGAAACGUACGUCCAACGUGGUAAGAAUCAUACCUGAUUUUUUUUGAUACCAUGGCAUUAAGUAAAAAUAAAAAAUAAAUGUAAAACCGAAAGGAAUGCGCAGGAACGCCCGACGAUUGUUCAUUAUUUAUAAGGGGGAAUGAAAAAGAAGAAAAAAAAACAUCUGUUUCGUUUGUACGCUUGGAAACUAUAUAUUAUAGCACGAGUGUACACACGGUGAAGUGAUUAAACAGGUAUAGUUCAUUUCGAAAAUCCCUAAGUAAAAAUAAAUUGAGUAUACAUGUAUGGUCUGUGGGGAUAAUGUGUACUUAUUAAAAAUAUCAAUAAGGCGUUGAUGAGUCGAGAGAAAGAAAAGAACAUUAACAAUACCUUGCAGCACGACGUAAGGUACUGUGCUGAUAGGUUAAUAUCAUGUCAGAAAUAGCUGCCUCAGGAAUUCGAGUCCAUUAAAUUUGGGGUAUUGUGACGGUCGGCGAAGGGAGAACGGCUAUAUUAAGGGUUAGUGAACUCGAAAUAAGUGGUUGUGUGUACAACCUUUGGUUAAUCUAAUGAGUUCCAGAUUUUUUCAAUUUUAACAAGGGUUGGUUGAUUGAUUUACCUUCAUUCUCGACGAAAGACACGUAUAUAAUAUAUUUUGUACAUUAUACGAGUAUAUAUACUAAAGGUAUUUCCUUUUGUUAUAAACACAAAGUGUACGCAGCUCAAGUUAUUAUUAAUAAAAACUUCUGUAUCAUACUAUUUUUAUU